AUGUCUGAAGAUGCUCCUGCUGUUUGUGAAACAUGUCUAGGUCCAAAUCCAUAUUUAAGAAUGACAAGAGAGAAAAAUGGACUUGAAUGUAAACUAUGUACAAGACCUUUUGAUGUUUAUAAAUGGUUCCCAAUUAAAAAUGGUUCUGUCAAGAAAACAAUAAUUUGUACAACUUGUUCUAAACAAAGAAAUUGUUGUCAAAGUUGCUUAAUGGAUCUUACAUAUGGUAUUCCAAUCCAAUUAAGAGAUGCUGCCCUUAAAAUGGCUGGUGUGGAAAAUAUAUCAAAUCAAGAACCUCAAAAUGAAAUUAGUAAAUUAUAUGUUGCAAAUAAUCUUGAACAAUUCCCCAAGAUUGGUGGGGCUUCCAUUACUUCAGAUUCUGAUAAAGCUAGAGAGAUAUUAACAAAAUUAAGUAUGGCUUCCAAGAAUAAGAUUGCACCAAAAUCAAUCAAAAAUGAAUCUUUACCUUCACAUAUAAAUAAAAUUGAUGUUACCAAGAUAAUAUCUAAAUUACCAUUAAAUGGAUCUACAACACCACCAAAUGAUACAUCAAUAACUACAAUAUUCAUAUUUGGUAUUGAUGAUUCAUUACCAGAAUAUAAAAUUACAGAUUUUUUCGAAAAUUUAAACCUCAAGAUUAAAAAUUUUAAUUGUCAACAUAAAUCAAAAGCUGGUUUCUUGACAUUUCAAACAAGAUCUGAUGCUGAAAAGGCAAUGUCACAAAUUCAAUCACCACAACCUGGAAAACCUGGUCUUUUGGUUAUUGAAAAUAUUCCAUUAAGAAUUACUUGGGGUAAAGAACGUUCUUUAGGUAAUUCAAAUUUAGAAAAAUUAAAAAUUGGUUCAAUUAUAUCAAAAUUUAUAAAGAAGUUGUCAACAAAUGGUGAUAAUAAAUCUAGUUUAUCUUUACAAAUUGAGAAUGGUAAUAAAGAUAGUAAUAAAAUUAAUAAUAAGAAGAAACAAAAAAUUGAAACAUCAAAAUCUUAUAAAGCAUUAUCAAAAGAUUUUGAAUUAUAA